AUGGCGUCAGAUGAUGGUGCCAAAGCAGAGCGCGAAGAGCGACUCAAGUCAGCCCUGUGGUACUCCAUCGGCCAGUUUGUUGACGAGAAGUCGUUGGAGAACGAUCUCAAUGCAACGCCACAGUUCAUCGGUGCCCUGACUGAGCUUGUAUACACCCAAAUCGCAAACACAGCCCGCGAUCUCGAGGUCUUCUCUAAGCACGCCGGUCGCAACACAAUUAACCCCGACGACGUGUUGCUCCUCGGAAGACGUAAUGAGCAAUUGCAAGGCCUGCUAGAGAGGGAGCUCGAGGACAUCAGAGCAGCUGAGGGCAGGCGGGCCGACGCUUUACACAUUAUCGAGUCACCUGCCUUUGCCAUGGAAACUCACAGGCGAGCACCGUCAGUGGACAUGUCGUCGAUUCCGCUGAAGGACAUGCUUUCACCGGCUCCGUCGUAUAGCUCUACAUUCCUUUCGCAUGUCAUUCCUUUCAUGCCUCAACACGACACUCUUUCUGGGACAUCACAAUGCGGCGCAUCAAACAACCCCUACUACCAACCUACCACGCCUGAGUCGCCAUCCUCGAUCCGUCACUCGAGCACCAGACCAUCUUCAAAGGAUGCGGAAGAAGCCCGUGUCAAGCCCGAUUACCAGGACACAAACCAUCCCUACUUUGCACGAUCUGCUAGACCAGGCUUCCCAACCACACUUCCCGCAAGAAGUCGAAUGCCUCGGAAAUGCAUCCUUGUGCCGUGUGUACUGUUUGCCGUCUUCUUUCUCGUGACGAUAUGGUUCACCUCAAUCUUGCUUGGCGCCUGGUUCCUAUCCAUUGUUCACACCACAUCGCCGGCUCCUACAGUGCAGGAGAUUCAUCUCUAUAUCGACGGAGGAGCCCCUCAGGGAAGCCUCUCUAUACCCACAAACAUCGUGGCCUUACCCACGAGUAAUGUUACCAUUACUACAAAAUCUCCGAUCCCAACGGAACCGAUAGGCCAAACACUGCCUGACAUGAGCAAGGGCAUGGACAGACUUUCUACUCAUUAUACAUAUCACACCGACAAAACACUUUCAACCUUCAAGAUGUUCACCAAGGCCAUUUUCACCAGCGCUCUCCUUUCCGCCGUCUCGGCUCACCAGAACAUGCACCAGCUCUGGGUCAACGAUGUUACUCCUGGUUACCAGGUCGGCAUCCGGAUGCCACCUUCCAACAGCCCCGUCACCGACGUAACCAGCGACGAUAUUGUCUGCAACGUCAAUGGUGCCAAGGUCCCCUCCGGUGUUGAGACCGUUGCUGCCAACGAGGGUGACACCAUCAAGGUUCAGUGGGACCAGUCCGGCCACCCAGGUCCCAUCACCCACAUGCUUUACGGACCCGUUGACGAUGCUUCCCAGGCCACUGGUAUCGGUGCCGGAUGGUUCAAGAUUGACGAGCUUGACAACGUUGACGGAAAGUGGGCGAACGAGAUCAUGGGCGCCAACAACAUGACCCGCGAGUUUGCUCUUCCUACCGGUCUUGCCAGCGGCGAGUACCUGCUCCGUUCAGAGAUGUUGGCCCUUCACGGCGCUCAGACUGUCGGUGGUGCGCAGUUUUACAUUGCCUGUGCGCAGCUCAAGAUUACUGGUACCGGUAAGGAGGGUACUUGCGGACCUACCAUUGAGCUUCCCGGUGCCUACAAGGCUGAGGACGACAACAUCUACAUCCCCAACGUCUACAACGGCUUCGACGCGACCACCUACAAGGCUCCUGGUGGCCCUGUCGCUUCAUGCGGUGGUGCCGGUGCUGCUAAGCCAUCUUCCCCUGCUGCCAACUCGACCGUCGCGGCUCCUACCUCUGCUGCCGCUGCGCCCACCUCUACCCUCGCCGUUGUCUCUUCUGUCGCUGCUGUUGCCGAGACCAGCUCCGCCGCUCUCCCUACCCUCGCCCCCGCCCGCCCCUCGAUGAACGCUACGAUCCCCAGCGCUUCUCCCAUUGCCCCUACCACCUUCGCCACUCUUCUCCGCCCUUCAUCUGGCAUCGCUGCCCCUACUGGUGCUGUUCCUUCCGGAACUGCUGGCGUUGCUAAGCUCUACUACCAGUGUGGUGGUGCUGGAUACACCGGCCCUACCACCUGCGAGGGCACUGCCAAGUGCGUCCCUACACCGCCAACCCUUGCAAACAUGGCGGACAAGCCAGAAAGACCCACGAGCUCAGGCAGUUCUGGCUCUGAUAGCGACAGUUUCGAAGAAGCAGCUGAGAGUACCCCUCGCCCAGACUCACAGUCCGAACGAUCACAGUCACGGUCACGGUCCCUCCUACAACGAGAAUCUUCGUCUUCAACAGUGCAAGCAGCCAAACCAGCGGAGCCUGCUCCUGCAGUGCCAAAAAUACCCAAAGAGGAGAGCGACGACGACGAUGAUGACGACGAUGACGAUGACGAGGAGGAAGAAGACGAUGAAGAGGAAAGCGAUGAGUCGGACAAUGAACCUGAGCCAAAGGCUGUCGAGAAGCCUAGCGAAGAUACACCGGCAGCCAAGUCACCACUCCUUACUGGGCACAGAGUGUCAGUCACAUCGGACAUGGACGACGUGUCUUUAGACAGCGAGGGCUCAAAAGCUGCCGGCAUACUCCCCAAGCUACCACCAAGAGAUUCUCGAGAUUCUACAAAUUCCGCGAGCGGACUACAAGGCCUCUCUGGCAGAAUGUCGCCCGUCAAAUUCCCUCCGCCGCCCGCCCCACCUGCUGUACAAGAGAAGCCCGCGCCCGCGCCAGCACCAACAACGACUAGAAAACUCACAGGUCCUUUCGCUUGGCUGUCAAGAAACAGCUCUAGCAAGAAACCUGAGUCUCCACCGGCAACUACGACAACUACGGAGCGACGGAAUACUGGGGCGUCUAUUGCGACUAUCGGCAGUAAUCCAGAGCUCACCUUGAGCAGGAUCGAAGAUGAGGGCGACAUGGGCUCUAAACACAGAACAAGUCAGGGUAGCCUGCGAGACCGUUUCAAGAUUCUGCGAAUGAGGGAAGAAGCGGGCAUAACACUCAGCGAUGAGACAGGUAUAGAUGGUAGUCCAACCGUGGCGCUAGCAUCGCCAGGUAUCGGGCUCGGCAUUGCCAGCCCUCCGCCCACAUCUGGAGAAGAGCCAGGAAGUCCUCCAGCUCUUGUGAAACAGCCUACAAUCAACCCGAAGUUGGCUCCGGGAACAGCAUCUGGAUUCGCCGCUGGUCCGGCGGGAGACAUUGCCGAGCCUGUAGAUUGGGACCUUUGGCAGUCAGUGGUCAACGAAGGGCCAGCAGCAAUUGCACGCACCAGUUCCGAAGAACUGAACCGCGCCAUCGCAAGUGGCAUCCCUCAAGUCAUUCGUGGUGUCAUCUGGCAAGUGUUGGCGCAAAGUAAAAGCGAAGAGCUGGAGAGCAUGUACAGGGAACUCGUAGCUCGUGGAACAGACAAGGAGUACAUGAGCGUCAGCGCCAGCGCCAGAACGAGCACCCUCAGCAUGGGAAACACUACUGGCAACGGAAAAGAAUCAGUCGCUUCGUCUUCGUCUUCAGUGCACUCCGACUACUCGAGCCCGGCCACAACAGCUGCUAGUACCACCGCGCCAUUGGGCUCGCCAUCUCUCACUUCGGAAAAUGAAGAUCCGAUCAAGGCACAGGCAAGGCUUGCGGCGGAAAAGAAACAGAACGCCGCCACAAUAUCGAAACUGGAGAAGGUCAUCAAGCGUGAUCUGGGAGCGCGCACGAGCUACUCCAAGUACGUCAUGGCAGCUGGGCUACAGGACGGUCUUUUCGGUAUCUGCAAAGCAUACGCUUUAUACGACGAUGCAGUCGGUUACGCCCAAGGCAUGAACUUCAUCGCUAUGCCUCUGCUCUUCAACAUGCCCGAGGAAGAGGCGUUUAGUCUCUUUGUGACACUGAUGAACAAGUAUGGCCUUCGUGACCUUUUCGUAGCUGACAUGGCUGGACUCCACCUGCAUCUGUACCAGUUUGAACGCCUUUUGGAAGAGUUUGAACCCGCUCUGUACUGCCAUCUCCGCCGGAGAGAGGUCAAGCCACAACUCUACGCCACUCAAUGGUUCCUUACAUUGUUCGCAUAUCGGUUCCCGCUACAACUCGUCUUGCGUAUUUAUGACCUCAUACUCAGCGAGGGUCUUGAAUCUGCGAUCUUGAAGUUCGGUAUUGUGCUCAUGCAAAAGAACGCUGAAACAUUGCUGGGUAUGAAGGACAUGUCGACACUGACAACAUUCCUCAAGGAGCGAUUGUUUGACGUGUACAUCGACAAAGCUCCAUCGGCCAAUUCCAUCCUUGAAAAUGGCUUCUUUGGCUCGACUGCUGGCAUCGACAAGGAGAUCUAUCGUGCUGAUACUCUUGUGAAAGACGCCGUUUCUGUCAAGAUCACGCCAGAAAUGCUCAAGCAGUACACCGCAGAGUGGAAAGAACAGCAGCGCAUAGAAAAAGAUCGCGAGACCGAGCUCCACGGACUGAAAGAUAAAGUCACACAUCUGGAACAGAAGGUCCGAUCACUGGAGCAUCGCGCUGAGCAGUCGGAUAUGGAGCAUGUUCAAGUCGCUUCUGAACUCAUUAAAACUAAGGUUGAAAAUGAGAAUCUCGCCGACGAGAACGAAACAUUGAAGACAAAGGUCGAAGAGCUUCAGAAGAUCGUCGACACCCAACCCGCAGAGGUCGAAGCAAGACUGAAGAACGAAAUGGAGACUGUAAUGCAAAAGAACAUCGUUGUUCACAACGAGAACCGCAAUCUGGAAGACUCGAUGGCCGAGAUGGAGAAAGAAUUGGUUGAUGUCAAGAUGCAAUGGGCUACAAUCAACGAAGAGCACGAAGCACUCAAGCAAAAAUGGAACAACAUCUCACAGAUGAUGAAGUAA